CCUUUGAUGGCAAUAGCCGAGGGCAAACCGGGUCGGGUGGAAAGUUCGAUGAUGGAAUACUUCAAUUCCUCUUUUGCCACUAUUCCUGUAACAACCUCUGAUUGAAUAAUUGCGAGGCCGGUUGAUUCUCUUUUUAGUUUCAAUAUAUUGUCCUAGAUUUUGGCCCUCUUAUACCUUUCCUCACCUAAUUGCCAAUAGCGACGGCAAGGAAAAGGGAAUCAACCAGCUAAACCAGCAAAAACCGCUCUCCCGAAUUUGCCCGCAAUGGCAGCUCUUCGCUCUACCUCAUCACGGCUAUUCGCCGCUGCCGCCUCAUCGCGGUCCGCUGUGCUCCCGUCCAUGUUCGUGCGAUCGAUGGCUUCAGUAAGUGGCGCCACUGUCGAGGCGGAUCCGAGCAGCACCGAUUCCCGCAUGAAGUCGUUCCAAAUCUACCGAUGGAACCCUGAUACUCCGACCGAGAAGCCGAGGAUGCAGACGUACACGCUGGACCUAAACAAGACGGGACCCAUGGUGCUUGACGCCUUGGUCAGGAUCAAGAAUGAGCUAGACCCCACGUUGACCUUCCGCAGAAGUUGCCGAGAAGGUAUCUGCGGCAGCUGUGCGAUGAACAUCAAUGGGACGAAUACCUUGGCUUGCUUGUGUCGCAUCCCCGCGGACACCAGUACUGAGAUGAAGAUCUACCCACUACCCCACACAUACGUCGUCAAGGACCUCGUCCCAGACUUGACGCACUUCUAUAAGCAGUACAAAUCGAUCAAGCCUUACCUACAGCGGGAUACCCCCGCCCCAGAUGGCAAGGAAUACCGACAGAGCAAGGCUGAGCGCCGAAAGCUAGAUGGUCUGUACGAGUGCAUUCUGUGCGCGUGCUGCUCGACAUCAUGCCCCUCAUACUGGUGGAACUCCGAGGAGUACCUAGGACCCGCCAUCCUCUUACAAUCGUACCGCUGGCUAGCUGACUCUCGCGACGAGCGCAAGGCAGAGCGCAAAGCCGCGCUCGACAACUCGAUGAGCCUGUACCGAUGCCACACCAUCCUCAACUGCACGCGGACCUGCCCCAAGGGUCUAAACCCCGGUCUAGCAAUCGCCGAGAUCAAGAAGAAGAUGAGCUUCUAAGCUAAGCCAAAUGAGGUGCGAAAAAGUACGGGACGGUAUGAGUCCUAAUAGACGACGGGAUGAGGUGCGAUCAGGACUAUAUCAGGGCUGGGGAUGAGGUCGGAAAAGCGAGGAGAGAGGCAACUGUAUAAAGCUGGGCGACGGGAUAUGUAUGCCAAGGGGCCUUCUUCCGUCCGGCGGCGGCGGCGGCGGUUUUAUAACGUCUUUAGCCGUGUCCCUUUUGUCUGCGAGCAUGGUUGGAGUUGUGAGUCUCGUUUCAUUGGCCUAGCAGCAAUAACCAACCAACUGUGAUAUCAAAUACAAUAUUUGCUUAUGUUACACAUGCGGCUACUACGGACCAGGGGUGUCUGCUCGGCGCAUGCGUGCGUUCGUCUUAUUUAUUAUAAGCGGCCGGUAUCUGCGGCGUGGACUCCACAAUAUGAGAUAAUCCCAACAGCUUUUUUUUUAUUGACUUUUAGAUCUCAACUAAUUUCUCAACCACAUCCGGGGCUUUUUGCCCCUGGCCACUAGCAGCGCUAUCUUUCUCCUCCGCGGCGUCUUCCUUCCGCUGCUCAGCCUCCG